AUGACGCUGUCGUGUCAGGUGGCUGUUGAAGCCGAGGAAACGUUGAAGAGGAUCAAGACACACAGGGGUGUGAUUGGCACUAUAGUUGUUAAUGCAGAGGGUAUUCCAAUAAGAACUACCUUUGACAAUUCCACAACUGUUCAGUAUGCAGGACUGCUGCAGCAGCUCACCAUGAAAGCCAGGAGCACGAUUCGAGACAUUGACCCUCAGAAUGACCUCACAUUUCUCCGCAUUCGUUCCAGGAAACAUGAGAUCAUGGUAGCACCAGAAAACGAGUUUCUGCUGAUAGUCAUCCAGAACCCAAGUGAAUAGCCUUCAGCCAUGCUCAUGAGAGUCAGGCUUUGGUUUGUCACAUGGUGAACUUUGCUUCUUUUUUUAAGCAAAAGGACCUUUAGGGAGCUUUUUAGUAGUGUUUGAUUUGUUUAUUGUCAAUUCCAUUUUUGUGACUUUUUUUUUUACUUGGCAUAAGGUUUUGUUUGUUCUAGUUUUGUGCAUGUCUUCCCUCCUAUGUCUCUGUGUUGAUAUUCAAUAUAAUUCCUUAUUUUUCAUAUAGGAGACACAAUCAUUAAUUGGUAAUGGCACAAUGCCACCAUGGCAAUGAUUGUGCCUUUAACACUAGUAAUGUAUUUAAUAAAGCAACAUAUAU